UCUCGAUUUGCUCUCUGCAACAUCGGGCCACGGUUUUUAGGUCUCAAGCUUGAAUUUGUGUGACGACCAUCACCGGAUUGCAUCGGCAUACCCCCCCCCCCAACGGACCCAACCAUAGGCGGGUCUCCUUCCUAUUCAGCAUCUUUGCCUUGCCCGCAAUACCACCUGGGCAAUCUAUCAAGAAUUAUCUGCACAGCUCGGGGAUUCAAUCAACAUCCCCUACCAAUCGGUACCAUCCAGCCCAAGUCAGCGGAGGUUGGAAGUGUCAAAAGAUCAACCAUUUCAGUCAGCUGGCCUGGCCCAGCUCGAGACUCUUUGAAACAUUAAAAGGGAAACAACAAUCCAAUUAAAAACCAUACUAUAACCGAAGUCAAAAGCCGAUGACAGUCUCUGUCAAGUUCUAGGGCUAGCUUCUUCUUCCUACCAGUUCCAGUUUUUACUGCUUUACAUCAACUGUUAUUCACAACAAUCUAUAUUUUGGUACCUUUGAUCCUCCUGAGGGGUUUGCUUGCACGGAAACCUAAUAACGCUAUACAAGAUCGAUUGGACGAGAAAAGAUCUUAACAAUCGCCACACCGUAUCAAAGCGAUCGAUCGCCGUCUCUUUGUACCGGAAAAAACGGUUGCAUUCUUGAGCUCGCCUGUCCUGCACUUUUGGAUACGGGCUUGGCUCGACUCUUUUCCCUUAUCACCCUGGCCCUGGAAGCGGCCCCUGACAUUCCGGUUUACCACGUAGCAUCGCAAAAGCUCGGCACCCUCACCGUGGAGCUAUUCAACCUCCCACCCUCCUCCCAAAUUGGGCCGUCCCCGCACCUGUCAGCCCGCUUGCCCGCAUAUCCAAAGUGGUAUAUAAAUAUUACAGCACCCACCACGCCAUUCGUUCGGGAACCCUUAUUGGGAUUGAUUUUGCUGCAGUCCGUUUCCCACUCCUCUGUCGAAACCAACAUCGACCUUGCGCCCCCGUUGCGCCUUGGCGGCCAGACACGAACAUGUCCGUAUUCGGUCGGUUCAAGAAAGGCCGCCAGGCAGCCAAGGAACACAAGGCCGGGUUAGCCGAGAAGCAAAAGGCCGAGGAGCAAAAGCCGGCCUAUCGUCACGUUCCAACCCAUGCGGCUGUUGACGCCCUGGCCGGGGCACCCUCGAGUUGGAGAGAUGACGACCGCGUCCGCAUCGUCGAGGAGAACCGCAGGCGGAGCGCCAUGACGGCGAGCGGCAUGCUUCACGACACCCCAGUACACGCCCUGGGGCAAAACCCGGUGCACUCGGGAAUGACACGGACAAGCAGCACUCUGUCGCACGUCUCUUAUCCAUCCGUCUAUGCCAACCCCGUUGUGCGCCUGCCGAGGGCUCACAGUUAUAACGGGAGCAUUCAUCCUCCAUGGGGCGAUCGCAGCGGUGAGGUAGUCUACUCGCCUCAAGCAGACGACUAUUUCAACCCAGGUGGAAAUCUGCCAGGUGCAUAUGCUGGCAAAGGAAAGGCCAUCGAGAGAGUCAUGGCAGGCAGCUCAGGUCGGGGCAGCCGAACUAACAGCAAAGCCCCCUCAGUCGUUGGCAGCUCCAGCGACUCCACAAGUUCAGACGAACUUGAGAUGAAAGCCACUCGCCGUCGUCAAGCCGCAUCCGAAUCGCUUUCAACUGGAAACAACCGCAGCAGUCUUACACCAAACACGAGAGAGACAGACUCCACCGCUAGCCUACCCCAGAAGUCGGAGCCACAGCAUGCACAUCGACUACACCCAAGCAAGACCCGAAAACAGGUGGACUCCUCAGCAAAUACUAGAGAUCGGUAUUACCCGCCCAGCGCGAGCCAACGCUUUCGACCAAGCGUCCACAGAUCGUCAAGCUCAUCCACAUCGACUAUUCCCAACAUCCCACCUGUGCCUUCAUUGCCGCCAAUGAGCCUAGCAACACCACCAGUAUCUCAUUCCGCUGCUUCCUCAUCGUCCGGCCGGGCAUCAUCAACCUCUUCAGUUGCGACAUAUACUGGCCCAAGCAGACCAUCUGUGAGAACAGAUGGCGAUAUAGAUUUUUUAACACCAACCACCCCCGUCAACCCCAAUAUCCUCGGUCCUGCGUCACCAGCGAUCCCUCGCCCCUCAUCAAAAGCCUCGGAGUUUGAUUUUAAUUUUUCCACCACAUAUACAAGCUCGGAUUCUGAAUCAUCCCCAAAGCCAAGACUAUUCUCAUUAUCAUCGACGAGGACAUCGGAGGCGACACCAAGCCCCACAGCUAAAUCUGGCUCACAGCAAAGGACUACGACCGAAUACCUUGCUUACAAACCGCCAAGCCCCACAACUACGUCGGGUUCACAGCAACGAAGUACGACUGAGUAUCUUGCUUACAAACCGCCCAGUGUCAGUCGCUUUGAUUUUGAGCAGGAUAUGGAGCCAUCGGGUCUUGCCUACAACCGCGGCAAAGAAGUGACCAACGCGAGCCCCACUCCGAGGGUUCUCCCGGUAGAAUUCGAUGAGGCAGCCUUUUCUCGGCUACCUCUAGAGGUGCCUGCUCCGAAACCUCAACCACCGCCCUUGGCGCCGCAAAAGGUCGGGAAGGGCAAAUUGACAAAGACGCCGCAGGCUGCGAAGCCUCCCAAAAACUCUCGGAGGUGGUCCUUUAGCAAGUCCGGGUCACCUGCAGCUUGACAGCCUCAGUUUAUUUCUUUCGAUGUCCAUAUACAAACUUGUUUAUAUCUGAUAUCUGUAUUGGUGGAUUCUUUGCGGAUUUGCCUAAUCUGAUUAGACGACAGGGAAAUACAUAGGAUAUUUGUGUCUAUUUCUUUCGAUAGGUUCUGAUCGGGGCAUUUUGUGCAGGUGACGCUACUCGUGCCGCAUGUUCUCCUUUGACAGCAGACACUAUGGCGUUAAAAUAGCUGGCUGGUUUUUGUAAGAAGAAUAUGGAAACACAGGAUAUUGAUUGCCCUGAUUCACAUAGGGGAGCUAGAUACCUAGUUGCAUGAAAACAAAAAGGGCUGUUUUCAUCAUCACUUGGAAAAGUUGCACCUUGUAAAAUUUCAAUGUCUUUUGUUUCUUGUCCGCAA